CUGGGACACAUCACAGGAGGCUGCUGGAUCAUUCACAAAGAGCAAGUUGGCUUAUGCCAGGGGCGGACUGACAACUCAUGGGGCCCCCGGGCAAUAGGGGAUCAUGGGACCCCUGUGUCUUUGCCCAAACUCAAAAAAGCCUAUGAAAAAGGUACCAGGGGCAUCUCAUGGGGCCCCCUACUGACCCCGGGCCCUCAGGCAGUGCCCGAGUUUCUAAAUGGUCAGUCCGCCCCUGGUCUUUACUGAAGUACUGCAAACA